AUGUUUUUUGCCUUAUUCCACAAGGCACAAGGAAUAUUAUUGGAUGGUAAGGAAAUUGCAGUAAAGAGGCUUUCAAGAACUUCUGGACAAGGGCUAAGAGAGUUAAAAAAUGAAGUAACUUUAAUUUCCAAAUUACAACACAAAAAUCUUGUGAGGCUUUUGGGAUGCUGCUUGGAGCGGAAUGAGUCGAUGCUCAUCUAUGAAUAUAUGCCCAACAAAAGCCUUGAUUUUCUCCUCUUUGAUUUAACUAGAAGCUUAGAACUAGACUGGAAAAGACAUAUAAGCAUCAUUAAUGGCAUUGCACGAGGUCUAUUGUAUUUGCAUGAGGAUUCUCGACUCAAAAUAAUUCAUCGGGAUCUCAAAACUAGUAAUGUUUUAUUAGAUAAUGAAAUGAAUCCUAGAAUAUCAGACUUUGGGAUAGCUAGAAUAUUUGGUGGAAAUCAAAAUGAAGCUAACACAAAGAGAGUUGUUGGAACAUAUGGAUAUAUGGCUCUAGAGUAUGCCAUGGAAGGAUUUUUUUCUGUCAAAUCUGAUGUUUUUAGUUUUGGAGUUAUAAUGCUCGAGAUUUUGAGUGGGAAAAAGAAUAAUGGGUUCUAUCUUUUGAAGCAUGGCCAAAGCCUGCUUAAUUAUGCUUGGAAGCUAUGGUGUGAAGGAUGUGUAUUGGAGUUAAUGGAUUCUGUUUUGGUGCAAUCGUGUGUUCCGGGUGAAUUAUUGAAAUACAUCCAUGUUGGAUUAUUGUGUGUUCAGGAAGAUCCAACUGACAGACCUACCAUGUCAUCUUUAGUGGUCAUGUUGGCAACUGAUACAAUAGUCCUUCCUAAACCAACUGAACCUGCAUUUUCUGUUGGUAGAGUUGUCAAUUUAGCUCAAUCUUCAUCAGAAGGCAAUGACCCUGACAAGUUGUAUGCCCUCUUUCUUUGCCGCGGCGAUGUCAGUCUGGACACCUGUGAACGCUGUGUAACUGUUGCAACCAAAAACUUAACUGAUCUUUGCCCAAUUGGAGAACAAAGCAUAAUAUGGUAUGACGAAUGCUUUUUCCGCUAUUCAAACGAGUCCUUCUUUUCUAUCAUAAGCAAAGAUCCCAGUCAUGGCUAUUGGAAUAAGCAAAAUAUUACAGGCUGUGCAAAGAUAUUUGGUGAGAAACUUAACAGUUUGUUGACCGAGGCUACGGUUGAGGCUCUAAAUACUUCUAAAAUGUUUGCAACCAGAAAGGUUAAUUUAGAUGCUCUUCGUACACUGUAUGUUCUAGUGCAGUGCACGCCGGACCUGUCAAAACUUGAUUGCAAUACAUGUCUUGAAGGCGCUGUGUCAACAUUGGGAAGGUAUUCAACAUAUGUAGGAGCAAGAGUGAUGUCUCCGAGUUGUAAUGCCCGCUACGAACUGUACAAGUUCUACAAUGAAAUAGUGCCACCAGCACCUCCACCACUUCGGUCUCCACCCUCACCUCCUCUUCCUUCUGAAGGUAACGACAAAAAAAAAAAAUGGAUUGCAAUUGGCGUGACGGGUUCGGUGACUAUAGUAGUAGUGCUCGGCUCCUUCUUUCUGUGGAGAAGACACAAAAGAGAUAAAGAGAAGAAAGCAACUAGCAAUCAUGUAGUUCAAUUGCUUCACUUGGAAGAGGGCAGUGUUGGAGGUGAUUAUUCAUAUGAUAUAAUACAAGGACAGGAAACUCAAGAGUUUCCUCAUUUUUCAUUAGGCAUUAUACUAGAGGCCACACAAAAUUUUUCUGAUGAAAAUAAGCUUGGAGAAGGUGGGUUCGGCUCCGUGUACAAGGGAAUAUUAGUGGAUGGCAAGGAAAUUGCAGUGAAAAGGCUUUCAAGAACAUCUGGGCAAGGGCUAAAAGAGUUGAAAAAUGAAGUUACUUUAAUUUCUAAAUUGCAACACAAAAAUCUUGUGAGACUUUUGGGAUGUUGUUUGGAGGGGAAUGAAUCGAUGCUCAUCUAUGAAUAUAUGCCUAACAGAAGCCUUGAUUUUCUUCUCUUUGAUUCAACUAAGAGUUCAGAACUAGACUGGAAAAGACGUAUAAGCAUCAUCAAUGGCAUUGCACGAGGUCUAUUGUAUUUGCAUGAGGAUUCUCGACUCAAAGUAAUUCAUCGAGAUCUCAAAACUAGUAAUAUUUUAUUAGAUAAUGAAAUGAAUCCAAGAAUAUCAGACUUUGGAAUGGCCAGAAUAUUUGGUGGAAAUCAAGAUGAAGCUAACACCAAGAGAGUUGUUGGCACGUAUGGUUAUAUGGCUCCUAAGUAUGCUAUGGAAGGAUUAUUUUCAGUUAAAUCUGAUGUUUUCAGUUUUGGAGUUCUUCUACUUGAAAUUUUGAGUGGGAAAAAGAACAAACAUGAAUAUAUGAUAUUUCAGGCUUGGAAGCUAUGGUGCGAAGGACAUGCAUUAGAGCUAAUAGAUCCUGUUUUGGUGCAAUCAUGUGUUCCGGUUGAAUUAUUGAAAUACAUGCAUGUUGGAUUGUUGUGCGUUCAGGAAGAUCCAGCUGAUAGGCCUACCAUGUCAUCUUUAGUGGUCAUGUUGGCAACGGAUACAAUAGUCCUUCCUAAACCAACUGAACCUGCAUUUUCUGUUGGUAGAGUUGUCAAUUUAGCUCAACCUUCAUCAAAAGCUAAAGUUUCCUCCUCUAAGAACGAGGUAACCCUUUCAAGUGUUUCACCUCGAUGA